AUGGAGAAGGCAGGUUAUAAGGAGGAAUAUGAAGGAAAAGGGAGGGGAAGCAUCAUGCAGAUUUUUGGAGAGGCAGCUGCCGAUCUAAGGAGCAGCAAAGGAGAGAAGGUAGAAUUGUUUGAGGAAGCAGGAGACCUCCAGAAAAUGGAGGAUUUUGUUGAGGCCUUUGUGCAUUUCAAUGUCUUUCUUUUUGCUCCUGAAUUUCCUCCUUCUCAUUCAGCAGUCUUUCCAGAUACCAGAUAUUCCCAUAUAGGAGGCAAUGAGGCACCUUCUCAUAAUAUUACUUGUGACUUUAAUUUUACAGAGGAUGAUACUUUUCUGAUAAACUAUGAGAAACAUAAUCUUUGUAUGCAACCCAGAGAAACUUCUGUCAUCUCACUUGGCAAAUGCAAUCAGAAUAAUGAGAUCCAAAGGUUUAAGUGGACUUCCAGUCAGCAAAUACUGAACAUGGGACUGAAGUUAUGCUUGGGAGCAUCAGCAGACUUCAGCCAACUUGAAUUCUCCUCCUGCAAUCAGACCAGUGAGCUGCAGAAGUGGGCAUGCGUCAAUGAUACCUUUCCUGCAAUCAGAGGACAAAACCGGUUUUUGUCUUAUGGUGCUGGACGUGUCCAGUUGGAUAAUGCACCUGAUGUCAAAGCAACCUGGAAGAUUGAUGGAACCAAAGACACACUGUGCACUAAAGGCUUUGAAGCUCAGUUUACCAUAGAAGGCAAUUCCAAUGGAGCCCCCUGUGUAUUCCCAUUCAAGUAUAAGAAUGAGUGGUAUGUUGAAUGCACAACAAUAGACAGUGAAAAUCUACAGCCUUGGUGUGGAACAACUGCUGAUGUGGAUAAAGACUCUUUAACUGGAUAUUGUCCAGUAAAAGAUGACAAUGAACACUUUUGGAUUAGAAAUCAUUGGACUGGAAAUCAAUACCAGAUAAAUUCUGACUCAGCUCUUACAUGGCUCCAAGCAAGAAAAAGCUGUCAGCAACAGAAUGCAGAAUUAUUAAGCAUCACAGAACUACAUGAACAAACCUACUUGGCAGGAUUAACAACUGAUCUGAACACUGACUACUGGAUUGGGCUUAACAGUUUGGAAAUGGACAGUGGAUGGCGGUGGGCUGGUAACCAUCCUUUCAGAUAUUUAAAUUGGGCUCCAGGGAGCCCAUCACCAGAAUCAGAGAAAAUCUGUGCAACGAUGCGGUCUCAGAGUGGCAAAUGGGAGAAUAAGGAGUGCGGCCAUAAACUUGGAUACAUUUGCAAAAAGGAAAACUCUUCAUUAAACACCCCAGUCAUCUCUUCAGAUGACUUGAAGCCUGUGAAAUGUCCAGAUGGCUGGGUUCCAUACUCAGGCCACUGUUACCUCCUUCAAAGAAACCUCAAGUCGUGGAAAGGUGCACUAUCAUCUUGUCAAAAGGAAGGUGGAGAUUUAGCCAGUAUCCACAAUAUUGAAGAGCAUAGUUUUGUCAUUUCUCAGCUUGGCUACAAUCCAACAGAUAUGCUGUGGAUAGGACUGAAUGCCCAGAAGACUGAGAGGUAUUUUGAAUGGAGUGAUGGGACUCGUGUGACAUACACCAAGUGGCAGAGUGGAGAGCCUACUUAUCUACAAGACUCCCUGGACAACUGUGUCAUCAUGAGUGGAGAAAAUGGAUAUUGGGUGGAUACUUUCUGUCAAGAGGAAUAUGGUUACAUCUGUAAAAGAAAAGCUUUGGAAAUUCUUUCUGAACCAGAAGAUGCUGACCCAGGCUGCCAGAAUGGUUGGAAAAGGCAUGGAUUCUAUUGUUACUUAAGUGGAAAAACAUUGGGGACAUUUCCAGAAGCAAAGAAAUUAUGUGAAAGAAACAAGGGUUCCCUGGUGUUCAUAGAGGACAGAUAUGAACAAGCUUACCUAACUAGUCUAGUUGGACUACGUCCAGAAAAGUAUUUCUGGAUUGGCAUAUCAGAGAUAACGGAAGGCUGGACACUCAACUGGACUAAUGGACACUCAGUUACAUUUAGCCACUGGAACUCAGGGAUGCCUGGUCAAAAUCAUGGCUGUGUUGCUAUGAGAACUGGAACUGCAGCUGGAUUAUGGGACGUUGUGAGCUGUGAGGAGACGGCGGCAUUCAUCUGUAAACAAUGGGCAGAAGGUGUGACAACAACUCUUGCCCCAACAACAACCCCCCUAGAGAAAAAAUACAAGAAAACUUGGUUUGAAGCUCGAGAUUUUUGCAGAGAAAUUGGAGGAGACCUGGCUUCCAUCCAUAGUGAUGAAGAACAAAGAAAAAUAACGGAAUUGACUGAAGAUUUGACCUGGAUUGGUUUAAAUUCUUUGGACUCUGACAUAGGGAAUACUUGGAGUGAUGGAUCUCCUGUUGACUUUGACAGAUUGUAUCCAUGGAUCAAUGAUGAAAGACAAAAUGUCUUUCAUGCAUUUAAGGAUAAUGUUUACAUUGGUUUAACUGUGGGUGUUGAUGGAAAGUUCCAGUGGCUGGAUGGAACUCUAGUGACCUAUGAAGCCUGGGCCCCCAAUGAACCAAAUAAUGCAAAUGAAGAAGAAGACUGUGUGAUGAUGUAUGAGAGAACAGGUUUAUGGAAAGAUAUAUCCUGUAGUGCAGAGAAGAGAUUCAUCUGUGAAAGGCACAACAGUUCCGUCCGUUCAACCAUUGCUCCCACAUCACCUGCACCUCAAGGAGGCUGUGAUGAAGGCUGGCUUUUGUUUAAUAACAAGUGCUUCCAAAUAUUUGGUUUUAAUGAAGAAGACAGAAAAAACUGGAGUGCUGCACGUACCGCUUGUAAAACCCUAGGUGGAAACCUGGCAACUAUACCUAGCAAAGCUGUUCAAGCUUUCCUUACCAUGCACUUUAAAAAUGUGCCAGUUGAUUCUUGGAUUGGACUGCAUGAUAUCAUUGAAGAGGGAAGGUUCGUAUGGACAGAUGGAAGUAGUGUGCGUUAUACAAACUGGGCCCCCACCCCUUCUCGCCAAAGGUUCUACUUCUCUUUCUAUGAGAACUGUGUUACUAUGAUAAAGGAGCCUGAAAAGUGGGCAGGAAAUUGGAAAGAGAGAAAAUGUUCAAUAAAGUAUGGAUACAUAUGUCAAAAAAGCACUGACCCUGUGUCUUCUCACUCUGAAACAACAAUUCCGGCAUCUGGCUAUAUACCUUAUGGAAACAGCAGCUAUUCUUUCACUAAAACUGCAACAUGGGAAGAAGCCAGAAAACAGUGUCAUUCUAAAAACUCAGAACUUACCGGCAUUCUGAAUCCCUAUAGCCAAUCAUUCCUAUGGCUCCUGGUGUUGAAAUAUGGAGAACCUCUAUGGAUUGGUCUAAACAGCAAAGUGACCAAUGAGAAUUAUAGAUGGGUAUCUGACUGGAAACUGGAAUAUACUAAUUGGGCUCCUGGAGAGCCAAAAGAAAAUCUAGCCUGUGUCUACUUAGACCUUGGUGGGCUAUGGAAAACAGGAACAUGUAAUAAAAAGUACAGAGCUGUCUGUGAGCAGUAUAAUGGAACCGCUCCAACUGAUCAUCCUCAGGUCCCUGGAAGAUGCCCUGAACCCCAACAAGAAAGCUCUACAGCUUGGAUUCCAUUCCGUGCUCAUUGCUAUACAAUCAUACGUGAUUGGACGUCCUGGCCUUGGGCAUCCACGAAAUGCUCUCAGUUAGGUGGUUCUUUGACUUCAAUAGAAGAUUCAGCUGAAAUGAAGUUUCUGAAAGAGUACAUGCAGCACCUUGAUCAAGGAAAAUUUUGGAUAGGAUUGUUACAAAAUGUGGAUGGGGAAUGGUUAUGGCAAGAUGGCACUGCAGUAGAUUUUGUCAACUGGGAUACUGGAGAGCCCCGAAAUGGAAGUGAAGCAGAAUAUAAUCCAUCAUUAAAUAUAUUGUGUGCUGAAGUGAGCAAUGAUCAUGGGAAGUGGUCUGUUUUAAAAUGCCAUUAUCAUUGCAAUGGAUAUAUUUGUAAAACUCCCAAAAUUGUUGAAGCUAUGCCAACUAAAGAAUCUUCAAUCAAUGGAGGAGCAAAACAAGAAGAUUCUUCUCCAUCAGCACAUGGCAUGGUUGCAAUGGCAGUUGUUCUUGUUCUCCUCAUCGUCACCGCCGCUGGCAUUGCAGGCUAUGUUUUUUACAGGAAAAGACGUCGGCAGCAAGUGACCGUUGCUGGGUUUGACAACUCUGUGUAUCAUGACGAUGUGGUUAUGCUUCAGAAUAAGGACUCACAAUAUCUUGUGGAAAAUGUUGAUAAUAAGCAGGGACAGUAG